AGACCAGGCCAGCUUCGGGGUUGUCCUGGGACGUGUCCUGUUUCCUGAGCCUCACGAUCGGGCGAAGGCGGCCACAUCUCUUUCGACUAAAAGACUCAGCGUCCAGUGCUCCAGCCGAAGGAUCUAAGGGGACCGCCACCAGCGCCGCCACCAUGCCCAACUUCUCUGGCAACUGGAAGAUCAUUCGAUCGGAAAACUUCGAGGAUUUGCUCAAAGUGCUGGGGGUCAAUGUCAUGCUGAGGAAGAUCGCUGUGGCUGCAGCCUCCAAGCCAGCAGUGGAGAUCAAACAGGAGGGGGACACCUUCUACAUCAAAACGUCCACCACCGUGCGGACCACAGAGAUUAACUUCAAGAUCGGAGAAGAAUUCGAGGAGCAGACUGUGGAUGGCAGACCCUGCAAGAGCCUGGUGAAAUGGGAGAGUGAGAACAAAAUGGUCUGUGAGCAGAGGCUUUUGAAGGGAGAGGGUCCCAAGACCUCGUGGACCAGAGAGCUGACCAAUGAUGAGGAGCUGAUCCUGACCAUGACGGCGGACGAUAUUGUGUGCACCAGAGUGUACGUCCGAGAGUGAGCGGCAGUGAGUGCAGAGACGCCCGAACACACCCCCAGCCCACGCUCCUGCUCCGCUGCCCCAUUCCUUCCUUGUAGGCUAGCUUUCCCCUCACCCCAUCACAUCCCCAGGGUGCUGGGAGCUUCCUCAGGGGCUCUGCUCCUUCGGCCCCUCCUGCCCUCCCUGUACCAACAAAGGGAUGGAUUGCAAGAGCCCAGAUCACCCCUUCCGGAAUCACUCCCCGUCCCCCCACUCCCUGUCCACGUCAGCCCCAAAGCAGCCCAGAGCACAGCCCCUCUCUCUGAGGGGACCUGAGGGCCCUCUGGCCUCUACACUUUGUUCCUGUAGCCUGCACCAUG